AUGGCCGGGAACUUGGAAAGGCAUAUAUCUGCCGUGAAGGUGGAGUAUAACACCAGACAUCCUGCAGGAUCCCUAAUCAGUGCUACUCCCACUAAGGGUCCUAUCAUAAAGGACGGUGGCACAAUCCUGAAGAAUGAGCGAUGCUGUAAGAAGGGAAAAUCCCGCAUCACUGAUUUGGGCUCACUGCAGGAGUAG